AUUUUCUUCCUUUUUUAACAACUUUUAAAAACAUUUUAAGACAAAACAAACUUUUUUUCUCAUUUAACUAAAACAUAUUUAAAUUAGCGCCCAAAACUCCUGACUCAGUCCAGAACCUCUGACCCAGGAGGUGGACCCACGGUGGACUGGGUCAGAACCUCUGACCCAGACCAGAACCUCUGACCCAGUCCUCAUCUCUUUCUUCCCACCCUCCUGUUCCUGGUCUUUAAUUCACUCGAACCUGAUUUAAGGUAGAAAUUGACUCCUAACUCAAGGGAUGAUCCAGAACCAACCAUGUUUUUAUCAUUUUAAGUGUCGCCGAUUUCUCUGUUAAUAGGAACGUUUAACAGAGGAAAGCUGCUGUUUCCGUCGGACCUUUUUAAAGGCGGACACAACAAACUCCCUCCUUUCUCUUCUCUUUAAGUUUAGAUUAAAGUUUUUAAAGUCAAUAUGAAGUUUCGGGGGAAAAUCAUCGACGUCGCCUGUUUAAACCACUUUAGUCGAGUGAUCACCACCAUCUCUAAGCUGACCAAGACGUGCGUCAUGCGGCUGACGCCAGACAACCUGUUCUUUGUUCUGUCCGGUAAAGUGACCAACGGGGGGGUCAGCAUGUGGUGUGAGCUGCAUCAGGCCAACUUCUUCGAUGAGUUCCAGAUGGAGGGCGUGUCCUCGGAGUUUAAUGAGAUCUGCUUGGAGGUGACGCCAGAAAACCUGUCCAGAGCCCUGAAGACGGUCCAGAACGCCAAGUCGGUCAAAGUCAAGCUGACCAAGAAGCACUGUCCCUGUCUGACUGUCGCCGCCGAGCUGCCCUCCCUGUCCAGCAACAGUCGGGUCGUUACCCACGACGUUCCGGUUGAAGUCGUUCCCCGGAGUCUCUGGCACGAGUUUAAAGAACCAAGCAUGCCGGACUUCGACGUGAGCAUCUACCUGCCGCCUCUGAAGACCAUGAAGAACGUCGUCGACAGGAUGAAGAACCUCUCCAACUUCCUGGUGAUGGAGGCCAAUCUGAGCGGAGAGAUGAACCUGAAGAUCGAGACCGACCUGGUUUCUGUCACCACUCACUUCAAAGACCUGGGGAACCCUUCAUGGGGAGACGCCGCGUCGCAGGAUGGCGGCGCGUCUCAGAGCAGGGACCCAGAGGCCAUGGCGGAGGUCCGGGUGGACAUCAGGAAGCUGCAGCAGUUCCUCGUGGGUCAGCAGGUCAACCCCAGCAAAGCCAUGUGCAACAUCGUCCAUCAGAGCGUGGUCCACCUGAUCCUGCUGCACGAUGACGUCUCUCUGCAGUAUUUCAUUCCUGCUGUGGCCUGAAGCUCCUGCAGGCUUCUGUGGAGUUUCAGUUGGGAGACAAAAACCGGCUGGAACCGGUUUCUCUGAGCUGGUCCUGUUGGUGACGUGAAGAGCCAAUCAGCAGACAGGAAUGGCUCUCCGUGGGUUUUCUGUGUUUAAUAGUAAUUCCGAUUCCUGCCGAGAUGACGGGAAAACUCACAUUUACACGAGUUUGUUGGAUCAACGUCUGAUUAAAUAAAACUUGUUUACAGUUU